UGCCAUUAAAGCAUACAUACAUAUAUACACGACUAUAUAUACCCACAUAUGCGCAAUAUAUAGAAAUUUAAAUUGGAGUUGUUCGCGAAAUCGAAUCAAAUUUAUGUGUAAUAUGUUAAAUUAAAACCAAAACCCAACCUUGUGCCAAAAGUCUUUGUGAAAUAAUAAGCCCAAACCAAAAAAUAUAUCUAAAUAAAAUAGCAUAAAUCAGGAAACCAUAAAAUCCAGAAUCGUCUGAAAACGUUUGCGGUGUAGAGAUGUCCGGGCAGCAACCGCCGCCGUAUGGCAAUGGGCCACGUGGCUGGAAUCCACGUGCUCACAAUCCAGCCUCACCAUCGCCCUCAUCUUUUCUGUAUCGUCCGCCCUCGCCGUGGACAACGGCGCCGAGUCCACCGCCGAUUAUAGCCGGGCCGAAACCCUUUGGCCAUGCCAUGUCACCGGCGCCGCUGAAUCAGGUGCGCGGACAGCGUGGCAGCACCAAUAUGCCCCAUCCGAGGCCCCAGUGGCCGGGAAAUAACCAAUCACCGGCCCCCUAUCAGCCACCGCCGAGUGCCUACUACGGUGGAUCGGGUGGUGCAUCGCCAGCACCACGUCCCUUUCGACCGGCACCGCUGCAGCACCAGAACUCAUAUGGAUCGCAGCAGCAUCCGACCAGCUCGUUCCAGCUGUCGCCCACACCAUCGCCGAUUGUGUGCCAGACGCCGAGCUCGGACUUUACAUACAGCAAUCGACAGACACCGCUGUCCCAUCAAUCCCAUCAAUCGCACUACCAACAGCAGGCACCCCCACCCCAAUAUCUGCAGCAACUCCAUCAGCAGGGACUGGGACCGCCAGUGAUACCACCACAACCGAGACAACACGGACACGGACUGGCUCUCAGGAUCAGAUCGAUUUUAUUGGCGUGCCGCUGGAGCCUCCGCAACCUAAAUCCUAUGUGAUUUAUGAUGACGAAGAGGAGUUUGGUCCAUCGACAGCCGAGAUAAUAGCGAAUCAAUCGCAGGAUUAUAUCGACGAGAAGCUAGCCGAAUAUCA